AUGAUGAAUGUUGGUGGAUAUUAUUAGAAUGGUUAGAAACAAGGAUUAUGGAAAGAUUUAUUUAAGAAACAUUGGAGGUAAAAGUCUAAUUUAUUGUAACAAAUAGCAAAACUAAAAUCAAGGAAACUGGAGAAUAUUGGAAUGAUGUUAGAGUAAGAAAAUGGUAAUAUAUUGACGAAAAUAAAAAUAUGUAAUAUAUUUAUAAAAUUAUUUAGUGGUGGUGGGUUAUACAAUGAUAAUGGGAUAAAGUAAGGAAAAUGGAUAGAGUUGGAUGAAGGGUUUUAUGAUUAUAAAUAAGUCACUUAUCAUGGUGAAUAUAAUUAAAAUGGUAUGAAGUAGGUAAAUGGGAUAUU